UUUCUUUCCCCCCCAACUCCCAUCAGGCGCAGGAUACUCACCUCUUUGCGACCAGCUACUUUCUCUCUCUAUCCCCCGAGAAAAUCCCCCCUACAGUCACAAUGGCUCCCGUUGCUGCUCGUGGUCGCAAGGCCCAGAAGGUCACCCAGAAGUAUGUCAUCAACGCUUCCCAACCCGUGAGCGACAAGAUCUUCGACCUCUCUGCUUUCGAGAAGUUCCUCCACGACCGCAUCAAGGUCGAGGGCCGUGUCGGCAACCUCGGCGACAAGGUCGUCAUCUCCCAGGCUGGUGAGGGCAAGAUCGAGGUUGUUGCCCACAUCCCCUUCUCUGGCCGCUACCUCAAGUACCUCACCAAGAAGUACCUCAAGAAGCAGCAGCUCCGUGACUGGCUCCGCGUCGUCUCCACCUCCAAGGGUGUCUACGAGCUCCGCUUCUACAACGUCGUCAACGACGAGGGUGAGGAGGACGAGGAGUAAAUUCUCUCUUCUUCUAGAAGCAGCAAAUAGACAACCAAAAAUAAAAACGCGGAAAAAAUGAUCAGACUUGGACACUUUACUCCGGCUAUUGGGGGGUCUGCGAAAUGUCAAAUUUUUCCAUGCACCGGGAUUAGGAUGGAUGAGUCUGGUUGGAGAUUAUGGGUGUGCGCAUUGGGAGGGAUUCCUGCGUGGCUUCUCGCUCAGUCUGGAUUCGAGGCAGUGGACGUUUUACACCUGAAAAGGCGACCUCCACACUCAUUCGCUGGGUUUGUCGUCGCUCGAUCUACUCAUGACGUUAUGAAUGGUAGAUAUGAAUCAAUGAAGCAAACCUAUAUCUCACCCUCUUUUUGGCACGUAGACGUAGGAUGGGUAUCACAUUAUAUAAGGAUAAUUGCAGUAUAGCGGCUUGUCUCAACGACGUUAC